CCCUUCCUGCUGCUGCCGCCCGCCGCCGUCCUUUUCCUUCCCCUUCGUCGCUGUUGUCGCCUCUUAUUUUUUGUCUCCCACCCGUUCUCUUAUCUUUCUCCCCUCGCAAUCCAUUCCCUCUCUCGGUGAUCUUCUGCUGAAUAUUCAGAAUGGGUCUUUCUAUCUCAAAGCUUCUCCAGGGCCUCUUUGGCAGAAAGGAGAUGAGAAUAUUGAUGGUCGGUCUCGAUGCCGCUGGAAAAACCACUAUCCUUUACAAGUUGAAGCUCGGUGAGAUUGUCACAACCAUCCCCACAAUCGGCUUCAACGUCGAGACUGUCGAGUACAAGAACAUCUCUUUUACAGUUUGGGAUGUCGGUGGACAGGACAAGAUCCGUCCUCUCUGGCGCCAUUACUUCCAGAACACCCAGGGCAUCAUCUUCGUCGUCGACAGUAACGAUAGAGAGCGUAUGCCCGAGGCGCGUGAGGAGCUCCAGAGAAUGUUGAACGAGGACGAGCUUAGAGAUGCUCUCCUUUUGGUCUUUGCCAACAAGCAGGAUUUGCCUAACGCCAUGAACGCUGCCGAAAUCACAGAGAAGCUUGGUCUCCACUCCCUCAGACAACGAGCCUGGUACAUUCAGGCCACCUGCGCCACCAGCGGUGACGGUCUUUACGAGGGCUUGGAAUGGUUGAGCACAAACCUCCGCAAGCGCUCAUAAAGCUCUGAAGAAAAGCAUACUACCGUUCAGUUGUCCCCGCAGUUAUAUAGUUACCGUCAUUAUCGCGUUGUAUAAUGUGUUUUUCUAUGCUUUUUAUUAGUAGCAAUUUAUGUCAUUUAUUUUUUUGUCUUGUUCUUCCAAUGUCUUUAAUUGAAUUUAUUAAAGCAACUUAUCUAUUUACUCUCUUUGCUUCCAACAAGUUGUUUUAUAAUUGGCUGUUUUUAAUAGCUUUGUGCAUACGCCAAGUAUAUAACCGUCUUUUUUAUCUUCUUAGUUUUACAAGUCGCGUUGCAAGCUUGCAAUCUCUUUCUUAUAUGUACGAAGCCUUUAUAAUAGCGCAGCUUGAUUCUGUUUGUUUUACUUUAUUUUUGGAAAUGGAUUCAUGAUGAGCAACACGCGCCUUUUAUGAUUUGAUUAGUCUCUCUUUUCCUCCAAAAAUAUUAUUCACGAACGACUCUGUAAAGA